AUGGCAGAGGAGGAAAUUCGGGACGCGUCAGUCGAAGACGACGGCGACGCCGCCAUGCAAGCCAUGCUGGGCUUCUCGGCCUUUGGAGCGCAGAACCCCAAGAAGCGCAAGUUCUCCGGCACGGUCGUGGGCGCGCCCACCGCCUCCGCGGCGCAAGACGGAGUGCCGAGCGCCGGGUUACCUCCCCGCCGCCGGGCUUGCCGUCCCGCCCGCCCCCGGCGACGACGACGACGACAGGGAGCCCCGAGGAGCAAGGCUUCGAGCGCGGGCACGGACACGGACACGGACACGGACACGGGCAUCAACACCCUUACCGCCCGCACCAGCAGAGGAGCCAGCAGGCGCGGCAGCACGGAGCCGGCAGGACGGAUCCGUGGAGAGGAAGCUCGGCCUCGACGAAAGGGAACUUGGCUGGCCAAGGCCCACAGGCACCCCAAGGACUGA